UUGUUGAUGAUCCGAGGUAUUCUUAUUCAUCUCGAUCGAACUCUUUGGAUUCGGUCGGAUCACAAGCAUUCCAUUUGGCAUUUGGGCUUGGACCUUUUCAGAAAGCACGUCCUAGGUGUUGACGGAAAUCGGUUGUCUCUUUUACUCUCAGCUGUAGUCUGUCAACAAGUCGACUUUGAUCGGUUGGGUAGGUCAACCCCCGUCAGUUCACUUCAAUCAAUCAACCAACUGCUGCAUACGACCGUUGGUGCCGAAGGCUUCGAUCGAAUCAUUCUACUGCCUCUCAUCAAAUCUACUGAUCUGUUUUAUGAAGAUGAAGGAAAAAGAUUGAUAAUAGAAGUGAUCUCGGAUUCUCUUCGUGUGGGUGGUCCUCAAGGUUAUCUGAGACACAGUCUUGUUAGAAUCGAAGCCGAAGUUUCACGACUGAGUAAAUUAUUCAAAACAUCUGAUGAAACGAUCAAUGAACAUACCCAAUCAGCCAUUCUACAAUCUGUGGAACGAAAUCUGAUUUAUCAUCAUCUUGAUACUUUAUUAUCUAAAGGAUUUGGAGAGAUGUUAGUAGGCUUUCCUGAAAGAGAAUCAAGUCAAUCAAUUCAAGAUUUGUAUAAACUCAUACAAAACUUGGGUAAAGAAUCGAUUCAAAAAUUGAGAAAUGCGUUUUUAAUAUGGAUGAAACAGAUUGGAAAUCGGAUUGUUGGUGUGGGUUAUGAGACUAGUGAACAAAGGGAAAAAGAAGAUGAAGAGAUGAUUGAGAAGUUGAUUGAGUUUAAACUUAAAAUGAAUGACUUGGUUAAGAUUUGUUUUGAAUCUGAAAGAGAAAUGUUUCAUGUUGUUAAAGAAGCUUUUGAGAGUUUUAUCAAUCAGAGACAAAAUAAACCAGCUGAAUUGAUAGCUAAAUAUUUAGAUCAAAAACUUAGACAAGGAAAUCGAAACAUGACUGAUAUUGAAUUAGAUCAAUGUUUAAAUCAAGUUUUGAUUUUGUUUAGGUAUACUCAAGGGAAGGAUAUAUUUGAAGAAUUUUAUAAACGUGAUUUAAGUAAAAGAUUAUUACUUUCUAAAUCUGCUUCGAUUGAUACUGAAAGAAAUAUGGUGAUGAAAUUAAAAGAAGAAUGUGGGGGUGGAUUUACAGCUAAAUUAGAAACUAUGUUUAGAGAUAUUGAAACUUCAGUUGAUAUUAAUAAUUCGUAUCAAACAGUGUUGAAGAAACAUAAAGAACAUGAAGAAGAACGUUCAAUUGAAUUAAAUGUAUCAGUUUUAACGGCCGGUAGUUGGCCAAGUCAUCAUACAGCUGAACUUCAAAUCAAUUUACCAAACGAAUUGAAUUCAUCAUUGAAGAACUUUGAAAACUUUUAUCAAUCUAAAUAUUUAGGACGAAAACUUAAAUGGAAUCAUUUACUUGGUCAAUUUAUCCUUUCGGCUAGUUUUCAUGGAUCUGGAGGUAAGAUUAAGAAGAAGGAAUUAUCGGUUUCGACUUAUCAAGGGAUUAUUUUACUUUUGUUUAAUGAGAUUGAAAGUCAUGAAAGUCUUGGAUUUGAGAAGAUUGUUGAGAUGUCAGGUUUACCUGUUGGAGAAGCAGCUCGAACUUUACAGAGUUUAGCUUGUGGUAAAGUAAGGGUAUUGGUAAAGACACCUAAAGGAAAAGAUGUAAAUCAGACUGAUUGCUUUAGUUUGAAUCAUGAAUUUAAACAUGAUAAUUUUAAGAUCAAAAUCAAUCAAAUCCAAUUUAAAGAGACUGUGAUGGAACGUCAAUGUACCACUAAGAAAGUCGUGACGGAAAGAUCUACAUUAUUACAACUUUCGAUUGUUAGGAUUAUGAAAUCUAGAAAACAAAUGAAACAUCAUGAAUUAGUGAUGGAGAUCAUUAAUCAAUUAAAAGAUAGGUUUUCAGUUCAACCUAAAGAGAUUAAAGUUGGGAUUGAAAGUUUGAUUGGUAGAGAUUAUAUCGAAAGAGUUGAUGGUUCGAUGGAUGAAUACCAUUACUUGGCUUGAGAUUUUUGGUUCUCAAGAUUUUGGUUUUUUGAAAGUUUUUAUAAGUGAUAACUUAAUUUGGUUAUGAUACUUGAAGUUUUGUAUGUUAUGUUUUUAUUCAAAUUGAUUGUUUUAUUUAUUUAUUGUGAUGGUUUUAGUAUAGAUGUAUAUUAUUCUUUUUUUUUUGAUGUUUGAUUGAAGAUUGAAGAAGUUUGGAAAAUUGGAUGUUUAUAGAGAGUUGUUGGGGAAGAAAUCUUUUCUUGUAGUUUGAUACUGGUUUGAGAUUGUUUGUGUGGACUUUGAGGCCGUUUUCAAAGAGAGGAACUGAGGAACCAAAGUUGUGUUGAAUAGAUAAUUGGAUGAUAUUUGAAG